CGGGGAGGAGGAGACUCGGGAGGAGCAGAGCGCAGGCUCCGCCGCGGCCGGGGUGCUCCAGCCGAGCCCAGCCGAGCGGGCGGACCGACGGGGAGAGAGAAGGCGCCAGAGCGCGCGCGCGGCCCCGAGCAGCAGCCUUGCCGCCAGUGGAGCAGCUGCCGACGCGCGGGGCCGCGGACCCAGCAUUUGCCGGCCGGGCCGGGCAUGAGCGCGGAGGGGCCGCGGCCGCCCCCUGCGCCGCCCGGCGCGCCGAGGCCGUGACCGGAGCGGGGGGCGCGGCCGCACUAGUACCCCGGAGCCCAUGGGCGCGGCGAGCCGGGCGCGGGGGCGCUGAACGGCGGAGCGGGAGCGGCCGGAGGAGCCAUGGACUGCAGCCUCGUGCGGACGCUCGUGCACAGAUACUGUGCAGGAGAAGAGAAUUGGGUGGACAGCAGGACCAUCUACGUGGGACACAGGGAGCCACCUCCGGGCACAGAGGCCUACAUCCCACAGAGAUACCCAGACAACAGGAUCGUCUCGUCCAAGUACACAUUUUGGAACUUUAUACCCAAGAAUUUAUUUGAACAAUUCAGAAGAGUAGCCAACUUUUAUUUCCUUAUCAUAUUUCUGGUGCAGUUGAUUAUUGAUACACCCACAAGUCCAGUGACAAGCGGACUUCCACUCUUCUUUGUCAUUACUGUGACGGCUAUCAAACAGGGUUAUGAAGACUGGCUUCGACAUAAAGCGGACAAUGCCAUGAACCAGUGUCCUGUUCAUUUCAUUCAGCACGGGAAGCUCGUUCGGAAGCAAAGUCGAAAGCUGCGAGUUGGGGACAUUGUCAUGGUCAAGGAGGACGAGACCUUUCCCUGCGACUUGAUCUUCCUUUCCAGCAACCGGGGAGAUGGGACGUGCCACGUCACCACCGCCAGCUUGGAUGGAGAAUCCAGCCAUAAAACGCAUUACGCGGUCCAGGACACCAAAGGCUUCCACACGGAGGAGGAUAUCGGCGGACUUCACGCCACCAUCGAGUGUGAGCAGCCCCAGCCCGACCUCUACAAGUUUGUGGGUCGCAUCAACGUUUACAGUGACCUGAAUGACCCCGUGGUGAGGCCCUUAGGAUCGGAAAACUUGCUGCUUAGAGGAGCUACACUGAAGAACACUGAGAAAAUCUUUGGUGUGGCUAUUUACACGGGCAUGGAAACCAAGAUGGCAUUAAAUUAUCAAUCAAAAUCUCAGAAGCGAUCUGCCGUGGAAAAAUCGAUGAAUGCGUUCCUCGUUGUGUAUCUCUGCAUUCUGAUCAGCAAAGCCUUGAUAAACACUGCGCUGAAAUACGUGUGGCAGAGUGAGCCCUUUCGGGAUGAGCCGUGGUAUAAUCAGAAAACGGAGUCGGAAAGGCAGAGGAAUCUGUUCCUCAAGGCAUUCACGGACUUCCUGGCCUUCAUGGUCCUCUUUAACUACAUCAUCCCCGUGUCCAUGUACGUCACAGUCGAGAUGCAGAAGUUCCUCGGCUCUUACUUCAUCACCUGGGACGAAGACAUGUUUGACGAGGAGACUGGCGAGGGGCCUCUGGUGAACACGUCGGACCUCAAUGAAGAACUGGGACAGGUGGAGUACAUCUUCACAGACAAGACCGGCACCCUCACGGAAAACAACAUGGAGUUCAAGGAGUGCUGCAUCGAAGGCCACGUCUACGUGCCCCACGUCAUCUGCAACGGGCAGGUCCUCCCAGAGUCCUCAGGAAUCGACAUGAUUGACUCGUCCCCCAGCGUCAACGGGAGGGAGCGCGAGGAGCUGUUUUUCCGGGCCCUCUGUCUCUGCCACACCGUCCAGGUGAAACACGAUGACAGCGUAGACGGCCCCAGGAAAUCGCCGGACGGGGGGAAAUCCUGUGUGUACAUCUCAUCCUCGCCCGACGAGGUGGCGCUGGUCGAAGGUGUCCAGAGACUUGGCUUUACCUACCUGAGGCUGAAGGACAAUUACAUGGAGAUAUUAAACAGGGAGAACCACAUAGAAAGGUUUGAAUUGCUGGAAAUUUUGAGUUUUGACUCAGUUAGAAGGAGAAUGAGUGUAAUUGUAAAAUCUGCUACAGGAGAAAUUUAUCUGUUUUGCAAAGGAGCAGAUUCGUCGAUAUUCCCCAGAGUGAUAGAAGGCAAAGUUGACCAGAUCCGAGCCAGAGUGGAGCGUAACGCAGUGGAGGGGCUCCGAACUUUGUGUGUUGCUUAUAAAAGGCUGAUCCAAGAAGAAUAUGAAGGCAUUUGUAAACUGCUGCAGGCUGCCAAAGUGGCCCUUCAAGAUCGAGAGAAAAAGUUAGCAGAAGCCUAUGAGCAAAUAGAGAAAGAUCUUACUCUGCUUGGUGCUACGGCUGUGGAGGACCGGCUGCAGGAGAAAGCUGCGGACACCAUCGAGGCCCUGCAGAAGGCCGGGAUCAAGGUCUGGGUUCUCACGGGAGACAAGAUGGAGACGGCCGCGGCCACGUGCUACGCCUGCAAGCUCUUCCGCAGGAACACGCAGCUGCUGGAGCUGACCACCAAGAGGAUCGAGGAGCAGAGCCUGCACGACGUCCUGUUCGAGCUGAGCAAGACGGUCCUGCGCCACAGCGGGAGCCUGACCAGAGACAACUUCUCCGGACUUUCAACAGAUAUGCAGGACUACGGUUUAAUUAUCGACGGAGCUGCUCUGUCUCUGAUAAUGAAGCCUCGAGAAGACGGGAGUUCCGGCAACUACAGGGAGCUCUUCCUGGAAAUCUGCCGGAGCUGCAGCGCGGUGCUCUGCUGCCGCAUGGCGCCCUUGCAGAAGGCCCAGAUUGUUAAAUUAAUCAAACUUUCAAAGGAGCACCCAAUCACGUUAGCAAUUGGGGAUGGUGCAAACGAUGUCAGCAUGAUUCUGGAAGCACACGUGGGCAUAGGUGUCAUCGGCAAGGAAGGCCGCCAGGCUGCCAGGAACAGCGACUAUGCAAUCCCAAAGUUUAAGCAUUUGAAGAAGAUGCUGCUUGUUCACGGGCAUUUUUAUUACAUUAGGAUAUCUGAGCUCGUGCAGUACUUCUUUUAUAAGAACGUCUGCUUCAUCUUCCCUCAGUUUUUAUACCAGUUCUUCUGUGGGUUUUCACAACAGACUUUGUACGACACUGCAUAUCUGACCCUCUACAACAUCAGCUUCACCUCCCUGCCAAUCCUCCUGUACAGCCUCAUGGAGCAGCAUGUUGGCAUCGACGUGCUCAAGAGAGACCCAACCCUGUACAGGGACGUCGCCAAGAAUGCCCUGCUGCGCUGGCGCGUGUUCAUCUACUGGACGCUCCUGGGACUGUUUGACGCGCUGGUGUUCUUCUUUGGUGCUUAUUUCGUGUUUGAAAAUACAACUGUGACAAGCAAUGGGCAGAUAUUUGGAAACUGGACAUUUGGGACGCUGGUAUUCACUGUGAUGGUGUUCACAGUCACACUAAAGCUUGCAUUAGACACACACUACUGGACUUGGAUCAACCAUUUUGUCAUCUGGGGGUCACUGCUGUUCUAUGUCGUCUUUUCGCUUCUCUGGGGAGGAGUGAUCUGGCCGUUCCUCAACUACCAGAGGAUGUACUACGUGUUCAUCCAGAUGCUGUCCAGCGGGCCCGCCUGGCUGGCCAUCGUGCUGCUGGUGACCGUCAGCCUCCUUCCCGAUGUCCUCAAGAAAGUCCUGUGCCGGCAGCUGUGGCCAACAGCAACAGAGAGAGUCCAGCAGAAUGGGUGCACACAGCCUCGGGACUGCGACUCAGAAUUCACCCCUCUUGCCUCUCUGCAGAGCCCAGGCUACCAGAGCACCUGUCCCUCGGCCGCCUGGUACAGCUCCCGCUCUCAGCAGGUGACACUCGCGGCCUGGAAGGAGAAGGUUUCCACGGAGCCCCCACCCACCCUCGGCGGUUCCCAUCACCGCUGCAGUUCCAAACUGAGUCACAGCUGCCCUGGGUCCCGUGUGGGAAUGCUCGUGUGAUGGAUGGUCCUAAGCCUGUGGAGACUGUGCACGUGCCUCUUCCUGGCCCCCCCAGCAGGCAAGGAGAGGGGUCACAGGCCUUGCCCUCGAGCGUGGCACGCUGGCCGCCUGGACCCAGCACUGCGGUUGUUGAGCCACACUGGUGGCCUCCGGGCAUUCAGCUCAACGCAGGAGGGACAUUCUGCUGGCCCACCCUGCGCACCGUCAGGCAGAGGCCGCUCCCCCAGGCCCGUGUCUUCGCCCACCUGCCGUCAUCGGCCUUUGCUGUCACUGGGAGAGAAGAGCCAUCCAGGGACCCAUGGCUGCUGUUUCCUGCUUGCGCGGCCGCCACCCAUGCCCUCCACAGGGCGAGGUAGAGCCGUGGCGGUGCAUCCUUCACUCAACAACCCUCCAAUCCUCAUGCUGUGGGAAGGGCCGGGUCACUCAGAUGCCAUCGUCCCCGCGGAUGCACGGCCGUACCCUGCUCAUCUGGGAGCGGUUUCCCUGCGGUUACGUCCGAGCCCGCCUGCCCUGUGUGUCGGGGCUGGCUGUUUCCGUCUCCCCAUCACCGGCCGCCCUGUGGAGAAGGCAGUGCCACGUGGGAGGACAAGGCCACGCCGGCAGCUUCCAGCCCUGCAGCAGAAGUGCCAGGAUGUCCAUUGGCCACUCGCAGGGCACGGAGCCGUCAGUCCACUGUUACGGGAGAAUGUUGAUUUCAUGGGUGUGAGGGCCGGGAGACAGAUAUUUGGCUGUGAUGAGCAGACAUCCCCUGUCCUCGUGGAGGGGUCAACACCAAGGUGGUGUUCGUGCACCAGAACCUGUCUUGGGCUGAUGGGGGCGGCCCACAGGACACGGGUGGAUCCCAACAGGCAGCACCGCACCUCCACCCGCCUCCCACGCUGCAGCUUCGCCCGUCAGUCAGGCUCUGCGUCCCCACGUUCCCUCAUCCCCACAUCCCCUCGUCCCCACGUCCCCUCAUCCCGUCACCAUAUCCCUUCAUCCCGUCACCUCGUCCCCACAUCCCUUCAUCACCUCUUCCCCAUGUCCACUCGUCCCCACGUCCCCUCGUCCCCAGGUCCCCUCGUCUCCACGUCCCCUUGUCACCUCAUCCCCACGUCCCCACGCAGGGCUCUCCUUCGUCUUAGGAUCUGUCCAGCGCUGCUCUGGGUGGGUUAGCAACCUGAGGGCUGCUGUGAUAGGAAGUCCCUGUUGCUCUCUGUACUGGCAUUUCUAUUUCUAGAAAUAAUCUUUGACGUAGCCUUAAUGGUCCUUAAAGAAGACAUUUCAGUGUGAGAUUCAGACUUCAGACGCUGAAACUGCUGCCUUUCAGGAAAGCACCACCAAUGCUGGAGGAGGAGCCAGCCCUCACGCCCGCCCGGCGCCACGCUGCGAAACGGGGCUCCAGCAAGUGAAACCCAGAGGGUGUUUCCGAGGUGCUCGACAGUAGGUAUUUUUGGAAGCUCAAAUUUAACCAUUUGAUUGUAUAAUCUUUUACCUAUAAAAUAUUUAUUCGAACCAGAGGAUAAAUCAGUGGCAAGAACAGUGAACACAGUGGUUGGGAUAAAAUAAGGUGACAAAUAAACACCACACCAAAGAUGAGGGUAGUGAGCAACUGGCUUGAGCAGACAGAAGGGGGAAGACUCUGCUCUGUCCCGAGGGGCAAGCUGCAGGCGUCCCCAGGGCCACCCUGCCCUGAGGUCCUUGUGUGGCCGCCCUGGCUUGGCAGCCCUGCCCACGCUACCCCCGCAAACAAUGGCGUGUGCAUUUUUACAGCCCUUUUUAAGAACCCAAUAUGGGCAUAAAUGUAAUACCUGUAGCGGGGGCAGAUUCUCUGUAUGUUCAGUUAACAAAUUAUUUGUAAUGUAUUUUUUUAGAAAUCUUAAAAUUGCCUUUGCACUGAAGUAUUUUCAUAGCUGUUUAUAUCUCUUUUAUUCAUUUAUUUAACAUAUUGUCUAAUUUUAAAAAUAGGUUUUUAAAGCUUUCAUUUUUAAGUUUAUGAAAUUUUGGCCACUUUACAUUUAGAUUCUGGUGAGAGUUUUGACUGAAUGUUCCAAUCGCUGAUGAAUGUGAAUUUUCAGAUUUGAUUUUAUUCGCUACACACACUCCUUUCUUGGUAUUUCUGGUGGCAGUGAUCAGUUGAACAUCAUAUUUAAGGCACGAUAACUUGCUACACUUUUUCUUUACAAUUUGUUGCAAUUUUAUCUGCUUUCUAUGUUUCAUUGUUAAUUGCCAUCCUUCAGCCUUAAAAAUAGAAGAUUCUCACGUGAAGGUUUAGUAAGUUGGGUCCCAGCUCUGCCUGUGUGGAGAUAGCCACCAUGUACCUCUGACGACAAGUCUUAGUGUGAAAGUCACUAAACUUUUACACACUCCCAAACGUCUUUUUAAAAAUUGCUUGGGAAAUUAUUAAAUGAAUGUGCCUGAUCAUUUGAAAUAGACAAGGGGCACGAGAUAGGAAAGGACGAGCAGAUCCUCAGUGAAUGACGUGGCAGGGUCUUCAUGCAAUUUUCCACCUCACAGUAGUUAGUAUUUACUUGCCUUAAACUAACUUUGAAGCAAGUAAUGUCAACUUUGAGCACUUUGUUGAGUUUUGAAAAAUCUUAUUUGCUGCUGCACAGGUUAAUAAAUUAUCAAUUUGUAAUUCAGCAUGUUGGUCAGAGACACGGUCACUGAUUCACACCCAAUCCCUGCCACAGACCGUCUCAAACACGCACAGCGGGCCUGCUGCAUGAUUCACACCCAGUCCCUGCCACACACUGUCUGAGACACGCACAGUGGGCCUGCUGCAUGAUUCACAGCCAGUCCCUGCCACAGGCUGUCUGAGACACGCACAGUGGGCCUGCUGCAUGACUCACAGCCAGUCCCUGCCACAGACUGUCUGAGACACGCACAGUGGGCCUGCUGCAUGAUUCACACCCAGUCCCUGCCACAGACCGUCUCAGACACGCACAGUAGGCCUGCUGCAUGAUUCACACCCAGUCCCUGCCACAGACCGUCUCAGACACGCACAGUGGGCCUGCUGCAUGUGUGUUCCCUGGCUUUUAGCGCCACGCUCACUCAUAGCCAUGUCCACAUGGGGGCUUGCACACAGGAACACACGCAUACAUAUGUACAUGCACACACCACAAACAUGCAAGCUCCUGCACACAUGCAUGCAUACAAACGUGUACACAAGUGUGAGCUACACGCAUACACACAUGCACACAUGUGUACAUCAAAGCGUGUGACCUACAGACAUGCAGUACAUGCACAUGUGUACACAUACCACAGACGCGUGUGCACGGUCCCACACACAGUGCAUAUGCACAUACCAUGAACAGUGUAAGUUCCUACACGGACGUGUGAUACACACAUGCAUGUACAGGUAAGCACACAUGUGCAAGCUCCUAGAGGCUUGCUCUCACGUGUGUGCACACCAGAAAGACGUAUGAGCUUCUCCUGCACACAUGCAUACACACACAUGCACACGUACAUUCACUACAAACACGUGCAGGCUCCUGCACACAUGCACAUUCAUGUGUACACACACCACAAAUAAGUUCCCAGACAUGUAAACACACGUGCACACACCAUACACAUGUGAGCUCCCACACGUACACACAGAUGCACAUGUACACACCCCAAACACGCACAGGUUCCUACACAUGCACACACGUGUGUACACCACAAACAUGAGUUCCCAGACAUGUAAACUCGUGUGCACACCAUACAUACUAGCUCCCACACAUUUACACAUGCACAUGUACACACCACAAACACAUGUGCAGGCUUCUGCACACAUGAAUACAUACACACACAUAUACACACACGUGCCACAAACAAGUGCACACUGUCCUGGUGUCCUGCACUGCAUCCUGCCUCCUUCCUGAGGGCCCCUGUGACGGGCCUCUGGACGGGCGUGGGAAGGUGGGGCUGCCUGGCCCCUAGCCCAUGCCUCCCUGGGAUGAAGAGUCCCCCUCCUGGCAGAAUGUCUGGGCUUUGCAGAGCAGGCCCCAGGGGUGAAGUCGCAGCUCCACUUAUACCAGCUGCUCUGUGAGCAACGCUUGGUGCCCUGGGCAAGGCCUUUUCCCCUUUAGGGAGGUCCAGCCUCGCAAGCUGAAACCUCCCCUCGGCUCAGCCCUAUACCAGGCAGCCACAACAGGACUGGCCACACCCACGCCGCACCUCAUCCCUGCACGCGUCAGGGAGCACGGCCAGCCUUCUGCCACGAGCCAGCUGGGAAGGGCCGCGGCCUCCUAAAGCCCCAAUCAACCCAGCCUGUGUCUGAGCGGACAGGGCGAACAAGCAGGCCACACCGUCUCGAGGGAGGAGGCCAGAUGCAGCCAGCUUCUCCGGCAGGGUGACCAUCCGCUCGGCUUGCUGAGGGUUUAAACAGAUGUUUAGACAGGCUGUGGUGACUCCGAGUUGAGCCUUGUCCAGGGGUCUGGUGCCGUAGCAGGAAACCUCCAGCCUCGUCCUUCAAACCACUCAGCUCAUAUGUUUUGCACUGACUAGUAUUGAAUAAUGCAACCACUUUUAUUUAAUGUUAAUAUUAUUUAUUUGAUAACUCAGUGUCUAACAGCUCGAUAUGCAGGUCCUUGCAUCCUACAUUUCUUUAGGAAGUUACCCAUUUGUAACUUUAAAAACAGGAAAAAUAUCAGUUGGCAAAUGCAAUCUUUUUUUUUUUUUAAGCUAAAGGUGGGUGAACUGGAAUGAAAAUCUUUCUGAUAUUGUGUCUCUAAGCAGCCUUGAUGGGAUGUGUUAGAAGUGUCAUGAAAGUGUGAUUCUACUUUUGCAGAAAAAAUCUAAAGAUCAAUUUAUAUAGCUUUAUUUUUUACUUUAUCAAAGUAUACAGAAUUUUAAUAUGCAUAUAUUGUGUCUGACUUAAAAUUAUAAUGUCUGCGUUACCAUUUAAAAUGUCUAUUCAUUAUGUAAUGUAAUAAAAGAAGGUCUUCAAAAAUCUAUUUAACAUGAAUAGUAUCCAUAGUUGUCAUCAUCAUAAAUACUGGAGUUUAUUUUUAAAUUAUUAAACAUAGUAGGUGCAUUAACAUAAAUCAGUCUCCACACAGUAACAUUUAACUCAAUUCAUUUAAUCUGCUUUGAAAAAUUAAAUUGUGAAUUAAACCAAAUCUAACAUUUCUGUAAAGUUUAUUUUGUAUGCUCCUGUUUUUAACUUUUAUUUCUGUAGAUAAACUGACUUGAUAAUAUUAUAUUGGACUUUUCUCUAGAUUAUCUAAGCAGGAGACCUGAAUCUGCUUGCAAUAAAGAAUAAAAAUCUGCUUCAGUUUCUUUAUAAAGAAAA